AUGUCCCCGUCAGCUCUCGGGGUGGCUGUGGUGUGCAUGAUCAACAUGAACAGGAGCAUGGAAGCCCACAGUAUCCUCCAGAAGAGAGGGUUCAGCGUGCGCUCUUUUGGAGCCAUAUCUCUGGUGAGGCUCCCAGGACCCACACGCUGUCGUCCGCAUCCCAUGAGGUACGAUUUCUCCACGAGGUACAUGCACAUGUAUGACGACCUCUCCAGGAAAGACCCGGAAUGCUACCGCGGCAACGGAAUCCUGCGCAUCUUGGAGAGGAAGGAGAGAAUCAAGCCUCACCCAGAAAGGUUUCAGGAGUGCAGCGACUCCUUCGAAGUCAUUUUCACCUGCGAGGAGAGGGUAUACGACCGAGUGGUGCAAGAGCUGUGUGCCAGGGAGCAGGUGACCUUCCGGGCUGUGCACGUGGUGGACGUGGACAUCGAGGACACCUUGGAGGAGGCCACCUUCCGGGCGUUCCUCAUCUGUGAGCUGUGCCAGAGCUUCCAGCAGGCAGACGACAUGGAAGACAGUCUGGAUCAGCUGCUGCAGGCAGCAGAGGAGAAAACAGGAAAGAGCAUUCUUCACACAGUCUGCUUUUACUGACGGUCAUGGCUGGAUUUGGUCCCUUGCUCAUUAAGAACUUGUGCGUGG